AUGCAUACACGCAUACUGGGAGUCCAUCAUUCUCCGCCCGAGAGAGAAAGAUGGCAUAUGAUUGUAGAGUCUGGAGGUGAUCGGGAUGCUGUAAUGAUGGGUAUUGCCAUUGGUAGCGGUGUUGCUCAGCUAUUGGCGUGGGACGUGAGGCUAGUCUCUACAAUCCAGUGCUUGGCCCGAUCGGUGGUUAAGAUGAAGCCCACAGCUGAUCGUGUUGGCCCAUGCGCAAAUUGGGGAGAUGAAGACCUAGCUUCUGUUUUGGCACGGCGACUGAAAAACAUAGGUCGUAAUGGGAUAGAGGCCAGGGAUCAGGUCGAGUUUAAUGGGAAGAUUUUCAUCGGGCGUCAUUGUGCAAUGAGACCGAGUCCGAUGGGGGCUUCUGUCACAUUGGACAAACCCAAUCACGCGGGAGGGGCCGAGACGGAAACUGUGUAG